AUGCAUCUGGUCUCCAAGCUCCUAGCCCUGGCGGCGGCGGGUGCGUUGGGGACACAUGCCCUGGAGACAUCGAUAUUCACAUUUCCCUCGAACGGACAGAAACAAGGAGAGAAUAGCCUGAAGCACCAAACAGUAUCGGAAGAUGUCGCUCAACUGAUCCUGGAGCUUCGUACCCAAUCGUCUCUGCAGUCCAUCUUGGGCAAGGUCGAAACAGACAUCGUGGAUCGUAUCAACGAGUUUUCUGGCGCUCAAUCCUCCCUGUUUGGUGGGCAUGAUAGCCAUGGAACGCCAAGCAAGAGCAUGAUUCUCAUCGAAGGAGUCAAUGAAGCUGUUGGCUCGAACAUUCGAAAAGCACAGUCGCAAUCUAUUGUCGUUCCUCAUGCGUCUCCGAAGUUGGUGGAUGAUUCCUUGGGGUCUCAGCUGGGCAAUGGAGACAUGAAGAAACGCUGCACGUAUCGCCAAGGCGAUGGGGCCGUUCAGUCUGCGAAGGAUUGUAUCUCGCAAGAUCCGGUGCUCUCCCAAGGAGAGAACCUAUACAGCGACGAGUUCCUCGACCUGCUCGACUCGGUGGAAAUCUGGUCGAGCAAGGACCACACCACAACUGCCUCGAGGCUAUCACUCAAGGUGAAAUCCGACAACGGCCUCGUGACCAAGUAUCUCGAGUCCUUCUUCCACAACUUGAAUGACUUGACUUCGUCAGAGAGCCGUGAAAUCACUGCCAUGAUGGUCCCCGCUGCCGAUGCCUCCCGAGACUUUGCACGGAUCUACCGACGAGACACCGGAUCCCUGCCUCGGUCUGCAUCUGAUGCACAGAGCACUCUGCAAACGUCGGCAGAUGACCUGGCUUCGUCUUCUUCGCUGCUUGCACCGGUCUGCCACGCUUCUAACUCAUCCUGCUCAGACGCAACCAACAACUGCUCCGGGCAUGGUCAAUGCUAUCUUAAAUCUUCAUCUGGUGACUCGCAAUGCUUCGCUUGCCGUUGCCAAGCAACCGUGCGUACGAAAAGUGACGGCACGAAGCAGAAGAUCUAUUGGGGCGGUGUAGCUUGCCAAAAGGAAGAUAUCAGCUCGCCGUUCUUCCUGAUUGCGGGUGUGACCGUCUUGGCUAUCAUCCUUGCGAGCAGCGCUGUUGGUAUGCUUUUCAGCAUGGGCCAAGAAGAACUCCCGAGUGUGAUCGGCGCUGGGGUUGGGGGCUCGAAAGCACCGGCUUAA